AUGUUACUAGACGAAUUUGCUAUGGAACCACAAUCAAAUGGAGUCAAAGCGCAUGACCAGCACGACACAGGUAUUUCUCAUGAUGUGAGCAGCACCCAAGGCUCUCCAAAUGCUCUAUCAGCGCGGGUAAUGGAGGCGUUGUACUCCGAAUCUGUGAUGGCAAAGGUGUGGAGGAUUGCAGCCAAGGCAAUGGGAAACACCAACCCCCCAGUGCUCUACCCCGAGUACACUGGCAAAGAUGGCGCUACCUACGUCUACCGUUCCCUCGACUUCUGGACAUCUGGCUUCUUUCCAGGAUCUCUAUAUCUCCUACUCGAGCGCAUAAUUCGAUACCCACAUAUAUCUCUAUCGAAAUCAGCCGACGACGACCCGCCAACACGCCCUCAUAAGCUUCAACUCGAGUACCUGUGUCGCUGGUGGACAGUCAACCUUCACCAGAAUGCUCUGAAACGCGAUACCCACGACUUGGGCUUCAUGAUCGCACCGUGGGCUAUGAAGUCCUGGGACCUACACCGUGACCCAGCGGCAUAUAGCAGUCUGAUUAUGGCAGCGCAUUCGCUCGCCAGCCGGUUUAGUUCUACUACGCAAUGUCUGCGUAGCUGGGAUACUUGUAUCACAAAGCGAUACUCCUUCACGGAUCCCUCAAUGGAUUUUCUCUUUAUCAUCGACAACAUGCUGAAUCUGGAUCUGCUCUUUUGGGCUGCAAAAGAGACGGAAAACCCGGAACUGUAUCGUAUUGCGCUGGCACAUGCGCGCACGUCGCGGAUACAUCACAUUCGCGAGGACAAUAGUACAUUCCAUGUUGUGAAUCUUGAUCCGGAGACAGGUGAUGUUAAGGCUAAAUUCACAAAUCAGGGUUACAGUGAUGAAAGCUGCUGGGCACGUGGCCAAGCAUGGGGGAUUUUGGGCUUCAUGCAAACCUUUCAGUGGACGGGCAAGAUUGAAUUCCUCGACACGGCAAAGGCUUUGGCUGAUUACUUCAUUGCGCACUUGCCAGCUGACGGCGUGCCAUAUUGGGAUCUUACUGCUCCAAUCAUCGAGACCAGUCCACGAGAUACCUCUGCGGCGAUGAUCGCUGCUUGUGGUAUGUUGCUGCUCUAUAAAGCGCUGAAACCCAGUUGUGAGGCGGACCGAUUUUUGCGCGAGGCAAUGAACCUGGUUGAUGCAACAGUUGGCAAGUUUGUGGAUGUGCCAACAUUGCAUUUCCAAUCUACUCGGCCUCAGUCACAGUGCGACGUUUUUAGGGAUGGUUGUGUUGAGUAUUCUGAUGAUGCAUUCGAUACCCUGACGGUUGUGGAUCGCAUCGACUUGAAACUACGCGAUACAAUCGUGCAUGGAGCUACAAUUAACAAUUAUGAGUUUGCUCCAAGGAGAUGGGCAAAUCAUGGGUUGGUUUACGCAGAUUACUACUUCCUGCUGUUUGGCAACAUGCUUCUCGAGUUGGGCUUGGUCGGUGUAGCUGAUUGCAAUAUCGGUCGUCUAUAG